UACUUGGCUCUCCAAGUACCACCAUAGUGACCAACAGUAAAAUACAGUGGUGUAGUGGGCUUAAGGGUUCACCUAAAAUUACAUGAUAACAUGAUUCGUAAAAGGUAUUUUUAAUAUUACUAUGACAAUUUAAAAAAACUUUACUUCAAUAAAAAAUGUAUUAAAAUGUAUUGUACAUUCAAGUUAAAUAGAAAUUAUACCUAAAUGUUUUAAAACAAACACUUAAAUGCAAAUGUAUUGUACUUAAAAGUUAAAUACAACUGCACUGUAUUUAACAAAUGUACAGUACUGGAUUAAAAAAAUAGUAAAGACACUGUAACAUUAUGCACAAUUUGAAUAUUUAAUUCAGUGAUUCUUGCAUGUACCACUAGAGGGAGCCUACAUACGACCUGUGGUACUUUGUGAAUCACUGGCCUCUAUUAACUCACACCAAUCCGGCAUAUUAGGGCGUUACAGAAAGAGCACCAAAAUACACUGAGGUACCGCAAAUAGGUGAGUUUUUCAGGGAAUAACGGAGGAUGGUUUCCCCCAAAACAGUCGAUUAGGGGAAUUUGCGAAUAGUGGGAGAUUUCUGUACUUUGCUUUUACGUGUUAAUACUGCAUGAAUGUCACAAGACAGCACGAGGACACUACAAGUUCUGAUUGUCAUCUCCGUCAAGCUUCAGUAAAAUGCGAGGACGUCGUCACGUCUGUCCUCGAAGUCUUAAACAGGGUCUAUAUCACCCCCACCCUCCAACCCCGCCCCUACUGACCCCAAUCACCCCCCACCCCCAGUGUGCAGUGCCUCCAUGCCUUCCCUUUUCGAAUCUCCACUUCUUAUCACCCGGACCUUAAAAUGCAGGUGGAGAAGUCGCUCUAUGUUCAAUAUUUUUUAUGGUUCUCUCCUCCAUUGUAGUGUUCAGUGUGCCGCUCUUGCACCCCUCGAACAAAACCCCACCCCUGUGCAGUAAAAGUCUCACAAUCCCAAGUGCCGGAAGGUCUCGCCAAGCCAUGUCCGCCAACAGCGCAGCCGCUGUCUUAAUAACUCUUACACUCCUUCUUUGCAGGCCACAUGUUGUCUCUUUCACUAGGUCCAACACAUCUGGCUUUUUUUUUUUUGUGUUAUUUAUGCUCAGAUAUACUUGCUUAAAAUCACACCGACUGAAUUUGUGUCCUCCCCCCUCCGAUCUUUUUUAAGAUCCACUUGUGAGGUUGUGAGAGGCUUUAAUCAUUAAUUAUCUGCCCCCGCACCCUUUUCCCAUCUUCAGUUGGAUAAAUGAAUAUUGAAUAAUGUUAUUGUUGCAUUAUCGCAAUUGUUUAAAAAAAUAUAAUGACAAAACAUGUAUCAUUGGUGCCUGAUUGUAGCUACAUUUUUUUUGCUUUUUCUGCCUUUCAUUUUUAAUCUGUGGAUAAAUUCGUAUUUUAAUUAAAAAUGUAAGCAGAAAAUACCACUGUGUAGUUUUUUUGAGUGUGUAAUAUAUCCAAUAAGACGGCUUUAGAGGUCAGCACAGCCAGCCAAAAUGCCCCUCCUGCAAGUCACUGCGGAUUCAAGUUAAUUAAUACUUUUAAUUACUUUUAAGGUUCCUAAAGGAUAGCCAUAAAGUUUGUAUAGGGCGUCCUAAAAAUGCAGAAUGAAUGGUCCAUUUCAAUCUUUAGGUGUUCCUGGUUACAUUUCACAGUAAAAAAAAAAAUAAUAAUAAUAAUCAGUAUUCACUCGACUUAAUACCAUAAUUACUUUAUUUCGUGACGCUAUUAUUCUAUUAUUGCUGGCACACCUCGUUUCAGAAAUAACACGGAAAGGAACCCCCAUGUCCUAAUAUGGACAUGGACUGUGCGUCACGAUUGCGUCAUCAAUCCCCUUCCGUUCAGAGAGUGUUGCCUUCAAGUACAACCCGGUCAACUACGAAGCACGUUGACAGUCGCCAGUAAAAGGGAUCUACUUUAUUAAUUUAGUUGAGUAUAAACUGUUGAUAUGAACUAGUAUUUACACACUCUUGUAAUUUUAAAGUGUUGAACACACAAACGCAUAUUUUUAACGUUUUAAAAAUACUAUCCAUUCUUAGGAAAGCAGCAUCUGCCUGUCAGUGACGAGGAAGAUGGCGCUUCCGCAUUUAAAAUAGUCAUUAAGACAUUUGUAUUUAUAUCCAGUGUAUACUAAUAAUGAAUAAACAGUUGGAUGUUUUAGUUUUAAACUAUUUACACCAAAACACUACAGGAACAUGGAGACUUAAAACUAAGAAUUUGCCGUCUUUAUCGUCGGAGAAAUGAAAGACGUUAGGUUAGCUAUUGGUACUUUAAGUUUACAAACACGACAAAAACAUAUACACUGGUCGAAGGUGGGACUGAUUGAGAAUUGAUUACUUCACGAAAAGCCAUUAAUUUAACAAAAUAUACGUCACUUCUUCAGCCGUCUGACUACACAAACAAAGUUACCAUCUUGGAAGUUGACUUCAGGCGUCGUGAGCCGGCGUGGGAAAUUCUAAACUUAGGGGGCGUUCCAGUCCCAUUUUCACAUUGUGAAAUAAGGCUUCGAUUUUCAGGAGAGUUUAGUUGACAGCCAGUGCAGUUCAGCUUCUACCAGGAGACUUAUUCCUGGGGAUUUAUUCAUUACUUUCCUGUGACAUGGGGUUCCUCCUCACCAAGAUGAUGACUGUGUUUGGUAACAGGGAGCACAAAGUCAUUAUUGUUGGUCUGGACAACGCAGGCAAGACGACCAUCCUCUACCAGUUUCUGACAAAGGAAGCUGUUCACACGUCGCCGACGGUGGGCAGCAACGUGGAGCAGAUAAUUGUGAGGAACACACACUUUUUGGUGUGGGACAUCGGAGGCCAGACGGGCCUUCGCAGCACCUGGUACUCCUAUUACUCCAACGCUGAGAUUGUCAUUCUGGUUGUCGACAGCACAGACCCAGGGCGACUCACUCUCACCAGAGACGAGCUGCAUCGAAUGGUCGCACAUGAGGACUUACAGAGCGCCGCCAUUCUGGUGCUGGCCAACAAACAGGACGUGAAAGGCUCCAUGACGGCGGCCGAGAUCUCGCGGCGCCUCACGCUGGACGCCAUCACCACGCACAACUGGCACGUGCAGGCCUGCUGUGGCCUGACUGGCGAGGGCCUCACUGCCAGUCUGGACUGGAUGGAGUCGCAGGUGGUCUCCUCCUGAAGUUUUCGCCACUUCUUCCUCAAAGGCUACCAUGUCAGGAUUGCUUAACAGUGAACUCUGAGAGACACAGCCUACCUCAGCUGAACCAGAAGGAUGUCAAUCAUUCGAGUGGUAUGCCAAAAGGUGUGCCGCGUUCACGUCAGCACAAAUCGGGAUUGUUCACCAGCCAAUUAUCUCUACUUGGAAACUUUGGGUGAUUGUUAUUUCUGCUCUACUUGAAACAAGACAUAGACGUUUGUUUUAUAACACCUCCUUUUUGCCGGGAAAGGAAACAAGUAUUUUUGUACAUUUUCGUCUGGUGUCUGUAGGAUUGUAUGUAAUGGAUUUACAUGGGUUUUUGUUUUGUUUUGUUUUUUUAAAGUGAUUCCAGGUUGGAAACCUUUCAUGGCAAUUAACUAAGCUGGAUAUUUACAACACUGGUAUUUAUUUUUUAUUUAACAAAAACAAACAUCUUGCAAUAUAAACCUAGUCAAAAUACAGUUUAUUAAAUUAUUAAAAAUAAAGUGAUGCCUUGAGAUGCAAGUUUAAUUUGUAACCACGCUCGUAACUCAAAAUACCAUGUAUCUCAAAUAAUCUUUUCCCACUGAAAUGAAUGGAAAUGCCAUUAAUCCGCAUCUGCAAUUUGCAUCAAUUGAAUAGCCUUUGUGCUGCUCUUUCUGGUGUGCCUACCUUGGCCAUCUCGGGGCACUAUAAGACAAACGGAUAUACUGUUUAUUGUGAGUCUCAACUCCGCUUAGUUCAUCAGUAUGGCACUAAUAUUAGUCGUUCUUUGCAGAGGAUAAAGAAUAUAUGACUAAGUACUGUUAUUCUGUCUGUCUACAUAUGUUGCUGCACCGUUUGGGUUCAGUCCGUUGCUUAAAGGGUUAUGACGCCGCAACAUAUAUGCUAUUUAGCGUUAGCCUUGACCUAGAAGACUGAAAGGCUAAGCUGUGUGGUUGUUUUAAAUACACAAAGAGUCAUUAUUUUGGUUGUAUCUUUAGUUUGACAGAUAACUUCAUUUGGGACUUGGCAAUAAACAGCUUGAAGGCUCUUUUUAAAUUAAUAUUUCGCUUAUUUGCCAAAGUGCUGCUUAUUGUGAAGUGAGAUAAGGUCACUGCCACCAUAAAAACACCAGUAUCUCAAGUCUGCACUUGCAAGUCAAAGCAAAAACAAAAACACAAAAUCAGCUGGAACUCAUGCGGCGAGUCACUCGUAUUUCAAGGCACCACUGUAUGUUGAAUUUAUUUAUUAUACAAAUUGUAGCCCCUGAAGGGAUUUACUCAUUUUUGUAAUUUUGUAGUUUUAAGAAUGAAACCAAAAGCUUUGCCAAAAAGUUUUUAUUCAAUAUAUACUGAUUAUACUAAUUACAACCCCUGAAAGCAGUGAAAACAUUUGGUAAAAUAGUUUUUAAUGUUAUAAAAGAUAAUUAUAAUACAAUUUUGUUUUCAUUUAUUUAUUUUUUUUAACCCAAUGUAUUCUGCCCAUUUUCUGGCUGGUUGGUAUUAAAAAUCAUCUAUGUGUAGCAUUACAUGACAGAGACUCAAUAAAGUAUUUACUUUGA